AUGGCGCUGUCGUUCUUCCGAGGGUUCUUCAAGGGAGGGCUGGUGGAGGAGGACUUAGAUGCGUUCUAUCCCGUGCGCCAGGACGUGCAGGUCGGCACCAUCAGCAAGUUCCGACCGCGGGCGAGCAAGCGGCUGUCGGAGGAGAAGUGGAACGACAUGUUUGAUGCGGAGGGGCGCAUGGUCAAUCUUGAGGCUGCUCUCCGCCUCAUACAGCGCGGGAACUGUGAGCCGGGCAUUCUCCCAGAGGUGUGGGAGUACUUGUUGGGGUUGGACAGUCCUGCAGCCACGAGUGGCGAGUGUGGCGAGCUGAGGAGCAUGCGCAGGGAGGCGAAUGCUGCUCUGCUUGUAACCCCUCCCAUGUUUUUUUCCUGGCAAUCCAACCCCCCCACCCCCACCCCCCCUCAGGGCUGUGAGCCGGGCAUUCGGCCGGAGGUGUGGGAGUAUCUGCUGGGGCUGGUCAGCCCGGCAGCCACGAGUGGCGAGUGUGGCGAGCUGAGGGGCAUGCGCAGGGAGGCAUAUGGUUGUGAGCCGGGCAUUCGGCCGGAGGUAUGGGAGUAUCUGCUGGGGCUGGGCUGUGAGCCGGGCAUUCGGCCGGAGGUAUGGGAGUACCUCUUGGGGCUGGUCAGCCCGGCAGCCACGAGUGGCGAGUGUGGCGAGCUGAGGAGCAUGCGCAGGGAGGCAUAUGCUGCAAUGCUCAAGGAGUGCCAGCUCGUGGACCCGGUCAUUGGCAGUGGCUUCGUGGUUGACUUUCCCAGAGUGCAGGACGAUGGCUCAGAGUUCCAUCUCCCAGACUCCUAUACCGGCCCGCUGCGCCUCGUGCCGCCCAUCCCGCCCCUCGACGCCGCGUGGGAGGAGACCGGGGCGCAGCUGGGGGUGCUGGAGGAGGGCGAGGAGGAGGAGGAGGAGGAAGGGAAGGGGGAGGGGGGCGAAGUGGAGGGAGGUACAAGUGACAGUGGUGGUGGUGGUCGUGGUGGUGGCAGUGGCACUGGCGGUGGUGGCAGCAAGGGGAGGGGGCGGAGGGCGAGUGAGACGGCAGUGGACGAGGCGAUGAGGACGUGGGCGGCAGAGAGGGCAGAGGUGGUGGCGCGCGUGGGGCUGGACCGAAUCCACAAGUGGCGCCAGGGGCUCUAUCAAAUAGGAGUAGACGUGACAAGAGCCGAUCGAUCACUGCUCUUCUUUGAGAGCAGCCGCAGCCGAGCGCGGCUGAUGAACGUGCUGGCGGUGUACGCGUGGUUUGACCCCGAGGUGGGGUACUGCCAGGGCAUGAGCGACCUCAUGUCCCCCAUGGUCGUGCUCUACCCCGACGACGCCGACGCGUUCUGGGCGUUCGAAAGGCUCAUGAGGAGAGUGUGCUCUCUCUCUUAUCCUUCAACGACUUGCAUCUUCACCCCAUCUUUCUACUUGUCUAUGCGCCACCAGAGGGAGGACUUCAUGAACACGGACACGGGGCUGGGCAUUCAGAGGCAGAUGAGCUGGAAGCGGCUCAGGGAGGACUUCAUGAACACGGACAUGGGGCUGGGCAUUCAGAGGGAGAUGGAGCCUGCCGUUCGUAGGGAGGACUUUAUGAACACGGACACGGGGCUGGGCAUUCAGAGGGAGAUCAGCCGCCUCUCCCACAUGGUCUACACUCUUGACCCUGAGCUGCAUGCUCACUUAGCUGCAUGCUCACUUAGACGAGAUUGGCUCUGGCUUGCUGCAUGCAUGCAUGCUCCCACUCCCUCACUCUCGUCGCUAUACUAUACCCACACCCCUCCCCUCUCCCACCACCCAUCUGACGAGAUAGGCGCAGGCACCAUGUUCUUCACGUUGCGCACCGUCAUGGCCAUGUUCCGCUAUGAGCUCUCUACAAGCCCUCCUUCCUCUGCGCAUGCCCUCUACGAGAUAGGAGCGGGCACCAUGUUCUUCACGGUGCGCACAGUCAUGGCCAUGUUCCGCCGCGAGCUCUCCUUCGCUGAUGCGCUCUACCUCUGGGAGCGCUGCUGCCUCUGGCCGACCAGGCCCGUUCCAUCCCCUUGCCGCACCUCCCUCCCCCACCUCCCCCACCUUCCCCCUCACCCAGCCCUCUUCCUUCCCCCCCGCUCCUGCUUCUUCCUCGCUCCUUCUUCCCCUCCCUGGCAGAUGAUGUGGGCGUGGGACUAUGACGCGUGUAGUGCAGCGCUGCUCCCUCUAGCAGACCAGGCCAUCUUCCACACGGCCCGCCACCUGCCGCACCUCACCAUGGACCGCCAAGCCUACAUCGCCGCCACCGCCGCUGCCGUCCGGGCGGCGGCUUCCGUCCUACUUGACGCAGAUCUCUUCACGGCUAUAGCUGUUGAUAUCGCCAACGCCACCCGCGUGCCCCUCUCUGCUGUUCCCAGUGGCACUGGUGCUUCCAGUGCUGGCGGCGCUGGGAGCAUUAGCAACAGCAGCAGCAGCGGCAGUGGUGGUGUUGUUGGUGGUGGUGGGUCGCUUUCAACGUAUGCGUCUGGCUCGGUGGGUACUGCAAGCAGCAUUGCCGGCAGCGGCGGCACGUCGGCGUUCGCAGCGCCACAUGAGGAUGCGGAUCGAGGCUCAGUGGACCUGUUUUCCUCCCCUCAGAGGCUGGAGAUCGCCCUUAUGGCUGCCGAGCUGGCUGUGACUCAGGCUGCUGUGCACGCUGUGCCUGAUACCCCUGCUUCUGGGGCUCUUAUGGGGAGGAAAGGGGGUGGGGGAGUGGGUGGGAGGGAGUUUGUUGUGCCAGAGGAGUGGGAGGACGGUGGAGGGGUGGAGGAGGGAGAGGAGGGGUGGGAAGGGGAGGAGGAGGAUGGGGAGGCAUAUGGAGAGAGUGAGAGUGAAGAGGAGGAUGAGGAGGACGAGGAGGGGGAGGGAAGUAGGAGUGAGAGUCAGGGCAGUGACUUAGAAGGUGAGAGCGGGGAGGAGGAUCAGGAGAGCACGGGGUAUAGUUCAGAGGAGGACAGGGAGGGAGAGGAGGGCGCAAAAGGGGGAGAGAGUGAGGGGGAGGAGGAGGAGGAGGAGGAGGAGGAGGGGGAGUGGGGGAGGGAGAGGCGACUGUCUGAGGCAGCGGCUAGAAUAGCGGGAGUGUGGGAGGAAGAAGAGGAGGAAGAGGAGGAAGCUGAAGAGGUGGGGGUUGCAGGGGUAGAAGUGGGAGGGGAAGGAGGGGCAGCAGUUGGAGGGGCAGAUAGAGGGGUGAGCAUGGUAGCAGCGGAAGGGGCAGGCACAGACACAGCAGGGGGAUCGAUUGGAGUCAGUUGGAGUGCAACUGGUAGUGAGCCGUCCUUCUUUGGCCGCAUGCGGUCCCUGUGGGGCAAGAAGGACGAUGCUGCUGCUCCUGCUGCUCCUGCUGCUCCUGCUGCUCCUGCUGUUCCUGCUCCUGCUACUGCUCUCUUCUUGCACAGCAGCAGCAACGCGGAAGACACAGUGCUAGAUCUCUCUGCUGUGUCCUCCCGAGUGGCCUUUGAUCCGUCUAAGGACCUUCCUCCGGAUGAGAGGCUGCCGACUAGCCAGCAGCUGGAGGCUCGGAGGAGGGUGGCGUUGAGAGGGGGUGUGGGGAGCUGUGUUGAGCGGGGGCAGGGCGAGGGGAGGGGGCGGAUUGUGCGGUCUGUGUCAGGGGGAAACUGGAAAGAGAGCGAGCCUGGGAGAGAGGGAGGAGGGCAAAGAGAGUGGAAGGAGGGGAGAGAGGGGAGAGAGGGGAGAGAGGGGAGAGAGGGGGAUGAUGGGUGCGGAGGAGGUGGGGGCGGUGGGGAAGGGGUUUUGGCUCGGAGUGGGUAUGGGAGAGCAGGGUUCGACACAGGGAGGCCUCCUCCUGCUGUAGCUCGGAAGGGCCGAGGGAGUGAGAGAGAGGAGGCGGAGAGGAGGAGGGAGGAGGACGGGGACGAGCGGAGAGGAGAGAAGAUGGGGAGGACAGGAAAUGAGGGGGUGGAUGGCAGAGCAGGAAGCAACGGUUCUUCUAUAUCUAGCAGCAUCGGAGCUUCUUCAGGCUCUAGCCGCUCCCUGCAGCGCCCCAUGGGAGGCUCGCUCAAAUUCGACGUUCCCCGCAUCGACGUCAACGCACUCCCCACCAUCCUCGCCCCGCCCUCGCACCCCUCCCACCCGUCCCAGCGGGCCCGUACCCACCUCCCCUUCCCGCUCUCCUCCCACCACCAGCCGUACUCGUCCUCCUUCCACUCGCGCCUGCUCCGCCGGCAAAACAGCUCUCAGAAACAGAAGGCUGCAGCGGUGGCCGUGCAGCGGCAGCAGCAGCGGCAGAAGCAGCAGCAGCUGGAGCAGCAGCUGCAGCAGGUGAAGCAGAAGCACGGGUUUCUGAGGAGGCGGGAUAAUCUUAGGUUUGCGGCCACCAUUGCUCUGCGCGAACCUUCCUCCCGAACCAGCUUCCGCAGGCACGGGAGCCCGGCGCUAGGCUCGGCACGGAGCGCUGGUGGUCGCUCGGCGAGGUCCCGCAGGGAGAAGCUGCGGAGGGGGGUGAGUUUCGGUUCGGAGCCAGACCUGGGUUCGGGAAGAGGCUCGGGUGGAGGGUUUGGAUCACCAUCGGAGCAGCAACGGAGGAGAAGCUCUGAGGUUCGGAGGGAGGGAAGGCAUGAAGGAGCAGAUGGGGAAGAAGGAGGAGCGCCAAUAGCAGCAGCAGCAGUUGCAGCGACGGCGCCUUCAGGAGUUGGGAAUAUGAAUGUGAGGCGGGUAAGAAGCGAUGAAGAGCACUUGUCUUCCGUUAGCAGCAGCAGCAGUUGCAGCGUUAACCUGGUUCCUCGGGCCAUGCCACCUCUCCCCUUGAGAGACAGUCCGAAAGCACCCAUAGGCGCCGUGAAGGGCGGCCCUAAAGGUAGUCCAAAAACACCCAUAGGCGUCGCAAAGGACAGUCCGAAGCCGCCCAUAGGGGCCCUGAAGGGCCAGCAGGACAGUCUGGGGUCGCCCAUGGGGGGUAUGCUCAGAGACAGCCCGAAAACGCCCCUGAGCGUGACGCAGAGGGAGCUGGGGAGGGCAGAUAGCCCCAAGAUCCCUGCUCUGGAAGGGGCGUUGCGCAGGGAGAAGGAUGGCACCUCGCCGUUGUCGGGCCCUACGCCUGCAGUGCCGUUGCUAGCAGUGCCUGCACCCACGCUGGGAAAGCGGAGGCAGGCCGGCAGCAGCAUGGGUGGCGCUGCUGGUGCUGGUGCUGGUGGUGGUGCUGGUGGUGGUGCUGGUGCUGGUGCUGGUGCUGGUGGUGGUGCUGGUGGUGGUGCUGGUGGUGGUGGUGCUGCUCGCACUAGCCAUUUUCCCCUAGGCCUGCCUCCCAUAUCUCCUAGGGUCGGCUCAGCAGGCUCGGGCACCGAGGCUGCAGGUUCGGCAUCCGGCAGCAUGUUCGGGCACGGCUGGGGAGGCUCCUCUAAGUCCCCUCGCUUCCUGCCGGCUGCUCCCACCAUGGCUGGUAUCACAGGAGGAGGCAUAGACGCAGGCAGCACAGCAGGCAGCACAAGCAGCAAGGCCGGCAAACCGAAACACGAGGCUAAACCAAACCACGAAGCAGAACCGAAGCGCCAAUCGGCACCCGAACUGGGCAUUGGUAUUAUCCAUACAGGGCCCCGUGUACAAGAAGAUCAGGAGGUCGAUCUGAUGCCAGAGGGAGCACUGGAGGAGCCAGACGCGCUACAAGACGCCUUACCAGACGACUCACCGGGCGACCCACCACCAGACGCCCUACCAGACGUGCCAUUCCUCUUCCCACCCUCCAAGUCCCUCGCUAGAGCGUCCUAUGAAGGCAGAGGGGGGUCGAUGCAUGAGAGUGGAACCCAAAUGAGCAAAAACCAUCCUCAUCAUCAACCCUCUCACUUGUUCCCCCACUCGAGGUCUCUGUCUGGCGCCUCUCCCCCCUCUCCUGCUAGCAUCUUCAAGGCUCCCCUCCGCCGAUUGAACCUCAGGGUUCCCCCUGAAUUACACCUGAAUCUCAAGUCACCCCGGGCGGAACACCCUCCAAAAUCCCCGGGUUCCGUGCCCUUUGCCCUCCCUUUUGAGGUGACUCUUGGGCUGAAAUCUCCUGGUCCGUUCAGAAUCCCCCCUGAGCUAAGCGCUGGAAUGAAGUCCCCUCGGCCGUUUGUUCCUCCUGACCUGCUUAAAUCCCCGCUGGCGCUUAAAUCCCCGUCUUCUAGAGAUUUCCUGGCUAAGAUUUUCGACGAUACGAACCGAGCGACGAUGGGGUCGAGUGCGGUGAAAGGGGGUGCCAAAGGGUGGCACAGCCUUCCGCGGGAGGCAAGAGGGGUGAUGGGAGGGCGUGAGGGGGAGGAGGGGAGGGAGCAGGGGAGGCGACACAUAGACAAGGAGAGUGGGCAGGGUGGGGAGUGGUUGGGAACGCCUCAGAGGAGUUUAAGUGGGGAACGGAAUCAAAGGGAUAAAGUAAAACCCACUCAUCACAGAAGCGCCAGUGGCGAGGGAGGAAUGAAGGGGUUUUGGGGGUUGCAGAAGGCAGGGGAAGCAACGGGUGAGAGCGAUAAGGAGAAAGAGGCAGGCGGGGGAGCAGAGGAAGGCACGAGUGGCCCGCGGGAAGCAGCAGUAUCGAGUGUAAGGGUGACUGAGAGAGGGGGGGAGGAGACAGCAGAUGUGAUAGCUAUGGGUGGGGCAUUGAGUGAAGGGGUAGGGGAGGAUGGGGAGCGCAAGGAAGUGUCUGAAAGGGGGAGGAAGGGUGGUGAAGCGGGGCAAGAGGCAGAUGCGGAAGCGGACUGGCAGGGAUUCAGCGUGGUGCACAGCCCUUCGCUGCCCUUGGCUCCUCCUCCUGCCGCUGCUCCUGCUGCUGCUCCUGCUGCUGCUGUGGUUGCUCCUGCUCCUGCUCCUGCUCCUGCUCUUGCUCCUGCUCUUGCUCCUGCUCCUGCUCCUCCUCCUCCUCCUGCUGUUGCUGCACCUGCCGCUCCUGCAGCAGGCACAGAGGAAGCCUUUCACUUCAAGCCUCUCUCGUCUGCCACAGCACCUAAAGUACUGCCACCACCACCCCCAGCCUUCUCCGCACCAGCUGCGACAACCACACUACCAUCGUCAUCGUCACCAUCCUCCUCUUCCUCCACAGUACUGGCAACAGCAGCAACAGCAACAGACAGCCCAAGCAGCACCACCAGUCCCAUCUCCCAAACCUCUCCCUCCCUAGCCUCAAGCACAGGCUCGGGCUCAGGCUCGGGCUUAGGCUUGGACCGCAGGCGCCCCUCAAUCCCGCCUCUCAUGGUCCUCGCCCCGUCCGCACCUCUCCCCAGCUCCAUCACCAAACCUGCCGCCGAGCCUCCGGCCUCCCCUACCGAGUCUAACCUAUCGUCCCCUGCUCUGUCCGUUGCUGAGAUCCCGUCCCCACAGGGGGAGGUGGAUGAGGAGGGGGUGCUGGUGGGGGGAGGAGAGGAGGAUGGGGAGGUGGAGGUUGAGAGGAUGACGACGUUCUGUGUGCUGGCGAUUCUGCUGGAGAUGAGGGAAGACCUGGUGCAGUACGCUCAGGGGCUGGACGAUGUGGUACAUUAUUUCAACCUUGCAGCUACCAGUUGGAAUAUAAAGAAGCUCUGCAAGAAGGCAGUGACAUACCAUCGCAAAUAUCUUUACCUGCCACAGGACGGCGGCGCGCGUUUCGGCGCGUCUCGCUCCAUGCCGCCACGUCAGUACGUAGCCACAACGACGCCUGCUGAAGCUGUUCCCGAACUUCUAAACCGCUCUCCACGUUCGUCCACCCUCCCGAACCACCCGCCGUACCAUUAUCCGAACCACCCCCCGAACCAGCGGUACCGGCAACUACCCGAGCCUGGUAACGACGCUCGGCCCUAUAGCGACCAGCACAUUCCCCUUUCCGGCGACGCCCCCGGUAAGCGCGAGCGCGCCAACCGCGCCCUCCGCAAGGGCAUCUCCGCCUCGUCCGCGGAACUAGACCCGCCGAGUUCCGUGCGCCAUCGAAAUGAUGACUCUAGGCAGUGUGACAAUAUUGGUGGUGAGCAAAACGAGCUCACGGAGUAUCUCUUUGGAGAGGGGGGGCUUGGAGAAGGCGCGUGGGGUUCUGGCGGCGAUGAGUACGCGCGCGGAACUGGCGGCGGGAUUGGCGGCGUUGCGGAUGGCGGUGCUGGUGGCAGCGGUAGAUUCGACGAUGCGAUAAGAGUCGAUCUGGGUCGAGGGGUCUCUAAUGCUCGGCAUGGUAUGCCCAAAUCUCCGUCUGCGCGCCGCGCCGCCGACAUUAACCAGCCAGCCGUCAACCGCCGGCAGGGGUGGCGGAGGGGCAGUGACGGGCUGUCAGGUUGGGCGGAGAAUCCCGAAGACGUGCCCGAGCCUAUGCCCAUGGUUCGGCGCUAUACCACGGGCAUGGGCGGGAUGGCAGUUUCGCACGGCGAGCGGGGGAAGGGGGGGGAGGGUACUGGGGAAGCCGGGCAAUGGCGGAGCGGAAAUCAGGGGGAGAGGGCGGAGCGGGCGCACGGAAUGCCGCUGCAGCGGCGAUCGAAAACGGGACCUGAUAGUCUCAGAAAUCAUACGCUGGUUACCGCGGGGAAUACGGCAGGGAACACGGCAGCAGGUGCUUCUUGGGGAGGCGCCGCGGGACACGGGGAGAGUUUUGGCGGCUUUGGCGGGGGGUUCAGAAGUGCCGGCGGCGCACCAGAGUCGUCCUCAGGCGGAUCGGUGCGAAGCGGUACCAGUGAGGGGCAGACGGCGUGGGAGGCGCGGUGGGGGGCGGAGCAGCAGAGAGUCGCGGGAGGUAGCGGUAGACUGGCGGGCGGCGGAGGGAGCGGCAGACUGGUGGGCGCUGGAGGCGGGAACGGCGGCGGGAGGGAAGGCGCAGGCGGAGUCGCGGGGAUGGGGGGACCCCGCGGGGUGCGCGCGGGGAGCAUAGGCAUCAUGUCUCCGCGCCUGCUGAGAUUCCUGGUAGACGAAGACAGCCCCGUAGGCCCGAACCCUAGCGGGGGAUUCGACGACGGACGGAGGCGCGGGGGAGACGGGCGUAAGGCAAAAGGGCGGGGGAAGGACGCGGGGAUGGGGAAAGCGGAGGCCGGCGGACCAGGGGGGAGGGGAAGCAGGGAGCGGGAGAGAGAGGGAGGGGGGCAGGUUGGGAGGAGGCAAGAUAAUUCCAGUAACUCGUUCUCCCUGCGCCCCUCCUCUGGCGAUUCCGCCGGUUCCGCCUCCGGGGAAACGGGGAAGACGGGAGGGGCGGGAGGGGCGGAAGUGGGGGGGGGAGUGGCUGGUGGUGCUGGUCCGUUCCCUGCCUACCCCACCUCCUCGUCUUUCUCGUUUGAGUCUAACCAGGCAUCGAUACAGUCACCCACGUCCUUGCAUUACGCCCCCGUUAGUGCGCAUGGGCAUGGCAGUGAUGGUAGCGCCGGUGGAGAUGGGGGCGGGAAGGCGAGGGGGUGGCAGGGGGGUGAUGGGGAGGCGGAGGGAAAGCAGGAGGAAGAAGAGAAGAGGGGAGGGGGGAAGGGUGAGGGGAAAGGGGGGAAGGGAGUGGGGAGGAAUGCAGUAACUCCCCGAGCUGGGGGAGGGGGAGGGGGAGGGGGAGUGGGCGGGACUCCCCGCGGCGACGGGCAGCAGCAGCAGCAGCAGCCGGGCACGGGCAGCACGGAAGGGAUUUUCGAGCGCGGGUUCACAGACAUCCGGAAGAGAUUUGAGGUCGGGCAGCAGAUCGGGCAGGGGCGGCGGGGGGUGGUGGUGUAUAUGUGUGUGGAGAGGCGCACGGGGCGGGCGUAUGCGUGCAAGGCGAUUGACAAGGCGACUCUGGUGGAGCCGAGGAAGGUGGCUGCUGUGCGGGCUGAGGUGGACGUUAUGAGGAAGCUUCUGGGAUGGCCGCACGUGGUGGGGAUCAAAGACGCACUAGAGGACGAAAAGUGCGUGUACAUCUUCAUGGAGCUCUGCUCAGGAGGCGACCUGCUGGAUCACAUCAACUCAUCCCCCUUCAUCUCGGAGCGGGAGGCCGCCAUCAUCCUGCGCGUGCUGGCGGAGACGCUGCGGUCGUGCCACAACCACGGCAUCAUGCACCGCGACUUAAAGCCCGAGAACAUCCUGCUGGCGCUGCCUGGGUGCUGGUGGGACCUCCGGUUGGCCGACUUUGGCUUCUCUGUUCACCUCAAAGCCGGAGAGCGCAUGACCGGCUAUGCAGGGUCGCCAUUCUACAUGGCGCCGGAGGUGCUGGACAGCAUAUACGGGCACGAGGCGGACGUAUGGAGCCUGGGGGUGAUCCUCUACACCAUGCUCUCCCAGAAGCUGCCCUUCUGGGAUGACACGGACGCGGGUGUGUAUCGGCAGAUCAAGCGCGCUCACGUGGACAUGGAGAGCGGAGUCUGGCCGGCGAUUUCGGAUGAAGGGAAGGAUCUGGUGCUGGGGAUGCUGUCCGCGGACCCUCACCAGCGAAUCACCCUCGAUAGACUGCUCGGGUUUUGGGACGACGUGGACGCGGGCGUGUACCAGCAGAUCAAGCGUGACAAGGUGGACAUGGAGAGUGGCGUCUGGCCGGCGAUUUCAGAUGAAGGGAAAGAUAUUAGCGUCAUGAAACAUGCCACUUCGUGGUUAGUGGCACUGCUGGACUGCAUGAACCGAAGCCUCAGAUUCGCACAUCCGUUUCUGGAAGCUCAAAAGACGACCAGGUGUUUUGCCGGGAUGAGACGCUUUCCCGCGCCCAUUCCUCCCCGCACUUGCGCGCAAGAAGCUUCCGCCUGUCCUUACAGUGCGAGUCCCCAUAGCGGAAGCCCCUAUGGCGCAAUCUCUUCCGCUUCCCCCGUUCCCCUCCGCCGGUAUAACUCCGUCACCUCCCCCGCUCCGCCGCCCGUUUCCCUUCCCCCCGCCGGAUCUUCCCCCGCGCCCAAGUCUCCCCUCUUCCGCACGCCCUCGCUCGGCGCCCCCGUGCGUAUCUCCGCCGCUAGAGAACAGCCGUCGCCGCCCAUGUUUCUCCCGCCCACCGCCUCGGAGACCCUUCCUAUAGCAGUUCCGCUCUAUAUUCCCCCGAACCACCCCCCCGCGGGGCCCGCGGACCGUUCCUUUGCGCCCAGCUGCGCGUAUGAGCCCCGAGCGCAGCAGCUGGACCGCGCGUUUGUGCACGACGGCGGUUGCGCGUAUGAGCAGCGGGUGCCACCACGGGGACCUCCGGGCCCGCUCGCAUGGGGAAACAGCGGCGCCGCAUCCCGUCGCGCUGCGCCGAUUCCGCGACACUCCUCCCUCCCCCUAGCGGCUUCCGCCUAUCCCAGCGGGAACUACUCUUCCGCCGUUACAAACAGCCCUUGUCCCGUUCUUAAUAAUCAUCAGCGACACGCGAAGGGGCCUGCUGGUAACCUGGUAACCAGAAGAGACAGCAGCGGGAAAUACGAUCAGGCGGGCGGGUGGGAGAAACCGUUUAUUCAUCGGUCCACGUCAGCACCCGUGCCUGAUGACGAGGCUUGGGAAGAGGAAAGGGAAUACGAAGAAGGGGAGGAGGAAGAGGAGGGGGAGGAUUGGGAGGAGGAGAUGGGGGAAAACGAGAUGGCGGCGGAAGGGGAAGGGCGCAGGGGGGAAAUGAGCGGCGCGGGCGGAUGGGGAGUGAGCGCGCGGACUGGGGGGGCGGCGGGAGGGGAAACGCGGGGGUGGCGCGGAGAGGAACCCCGGCGGCAACUGGACAGGUCUUACCUGACGAGCGCGUACGACCAACAGCAACAGCAGCAGCAGCAACAGUCGCAUCUUGCGAGGCAUUUAAGCCUGGAGCCGCAUUUGACGGAUAACCGCAGCGGGCAAACGCGCGGGGACGGGGAGCGGGCGGAAGGGCGGGAGGGGAGAGGCGCGAACCUGCUGCGACAAGCAUCGGACGGGCAAUGCCUUGCGCGCAACGGCGGGUAUGGGCGGGGGGCACGCGGGGACGCACAAGACGGGCAAUACAGGGGGGACAGGCAACAGCCGGACAGGCAACAGCCGGAACAGCCAGACAGGCGUCAGCUGGACAGGCGGCAUGUGGACGGCAUGGGGAACGGGCCUGACUUUGGGACCGGCGGGAGGGCUGCCUUGGGGGGAGCGGAUAAGUGGGUGGCGUGCUUUGUCCCGCAGUGCUGGAACCGCAAUUGA